CAACCGAGCGAUGAGGGGCGCCGACGACGAUGACGGCGUGGGCGACAAAGGAAGGCGAAUAUCAGAAGAAGUGAAGUCCUAGGCCUGUGCUCUCAGUCUGGCUCAUGCUGAGAGAAGUACGAGCUUCACUGCCGGAUCUCUCGAACGCUUUUCUCGAUACCCGUCACCGUGCUUUACCUGCGCCUGUCUAGCUGCCUGUCAUGUGAGCCCAUAAUCACCGGGCUUCUUCCCGUCUUGACCCCAACACCCGCAAUUCUGGCUCAGAACAGCAAGCAUGCCUUCUCCAACCUCAGGGCCGCCCGUCGUCGGGACAAUGGGAAUGUUCAUCGUGGACACCUUUCUCUACCUGGAUUCUACCACAGGCCAGUCACGCGGGGACGGCGGCAAAGGCUCAGCGUUAGGUGGAGGAGGCCUCUACUUCGCUGUCGGUGCUCGUGUUUGGCUGGACCCAGGGCAAAUCCGUAUGGUCAUUGAUCGAGGCAGCGACUUUGAGCCCGAGUGGCAGACGACAUUGGAUCGAUUCGAUGACAAUGAUGCGGGAAUGUGGGCGUGGAGGCAGAGGAAGGAUGGACUGACUACCAAGGCGGUCAACGUCUAUCGGGGAGAUCAAAGAAGCUUCGAGUACCUCACCCCCAAGCUUCGUCUCGACCCUCGCGACUUGGUCAGCCCUACCUCCCCAGACUUGCCGCACUGGGUGCACUGCAUCUGCGCGCCCAGAAGAGCCAUGGAGAUCCUCGAUGAGAUAGAUGCCAUUGACGCCAAAGGGAAGCGCAAAGAAGGCGGCAAGGGCACAAAAGUCUGCUGGGAACCGAUACCGGAUUCUGCCUUGCCUGAGAAUCUGGAAGAAUGCUUGCAAGUCAUGAGGCGGGUCGACGUCUUCAGCCCAAACCACGAAGAAGCCGCCUCCUUCCUGAGCGUCGACUCUGGCCUAGUCUCCGUACCCUCGCCCCUCGCCUCCACAGCUCAAGGUGCAGCCGUACGACAGGCUCACCUCACCCACCUAGCCAGGGGUUUCAAGGCUCGCUUUGACGAGGCGUCCAGCCAAAUUUCUGGCGGAUCGGAUAGGCCACGCUGCCCGCUCAUCGUCAUCCGAGGCGGGGCAGCUGGGAGCUGCGUCCUCUACGAGCGUGAGCCGGGGCAAGCCAGCAUCGAGGCCGAUGUGCCAGCUUAUCACACGGCAGCCACGUCAAAGGCAGUCGUAGACGUUACCGGCGGGGGCAAUUCGUACUUGGGCGGUUUGACGGCCUGGCUAAGCAUGCACCAGCCGCCUGCGGACACAGAGGAGGAUACACGCCAAUGGCUUCGCGGUGCUCUGGGAAGGGGUGCGGUCUCUGCUUCGUUCGCUAUUGAGCAGCUGGCUCUGCCUCGUUUGGAACAGGAGCAAGGGCAGGGAGAGACGUGGAACGGCGAGUCGCCGCAGAUCAGGCUGGAGGAGCUGCUCAACCGGGAGGCAUGACCAGGCGACUCCACUCUGGCGCACAUUCUGUAGAGUAAGUCGUCUGCGCAUUGCGUCCGUGCGAGGCGGAGAGAAAGAAGUUGUAGAGAACAAAGAGUGCAAGUCGAGCAGGGAGUGGGUGAGAGAUGCGUGAAAGAGAAAGAAAUGCUGGUCGUCCAAAUUCGUGAAUGUAGCCAAAUAGAUGCUCUACUGUUCCUCCUCCUCAUCGCCCCUGCUGCUGCUGCUGCUGCUGCUGCCUCGCCGCCGCCGCAGCUCCAAUGGUCGCCACCACCGAGCGCCUUUGAUCGAGUGUCGCACUCCCGCCGACCGCACUAGCACUCGUCGCCCUAGCAGGCAACCUGAAUCCAGGCCCACCAAUAUUCAUCCUCUGAUUGUACCUGUCAAUCUCCCACUGGGCCAACCCAUCCGUACCGCUCCAGUUAGCUGAACUACUCCUU